AUGUUGUUUCCUUGCAUCAAUACUGGUGGUCUAUCAUUGUUCGAUAUUACAAGUAUUACAACUACAACUGCAACUACAAUCAAAGCUCCUGUCUGUUCACUUCAAUGGGAUUCUAUUGGUACGACUGUAGCAGGUGAUGCUAGAGGUGUUGCUGGUAUUACAUCCAAUCGGCUCAAUGCUCCUCGUGAUAUAUUUUUGGACUCAUCCAAUACUCUCUUUAUUGCUGAUUACGGCAAUAACAGAGUUCAAAAAUGGUUGCUAGGUGCUGCCACUGGUACGACAGUUGCUGGUAAAAAAAAUGGAGUAGCAGGACGUAAUUCCGAUCAGCUGAGUGGUCCUACGGGUAUCGUUGUCGACCCAAGUAGUAAUAUCGAUGUGGUAGAUAGCCGGAAUCAUCGGGUUCAAUCUUGGCUAUCCGGAGCAGCUGCAGGCACAACGAUUGCUGGCAAAGGAGGAUCUGGAAGAAGACUUGAUCAAUUCGUGUUUCCAUCUAGUAUCGCAUUGGAUGAUAAAUCAGGCACAAUUUACAUCAGUGAUUCUUUCAAUCAUCGUGUGAUGAAAUACACGCCAGGCGCAAUAAAUGGUGUUGUGGUUGCUGGAGGUAAAAGAGCAGGAACUGCCACUAAUCAGUUGUGGUUGCCGAGCGGUAUCUAUUACGACUCAACAUCAAACAGUGUAGUCAUCGCUAACACUGGAGCUAACAAUAUUGUUCGUUGGCCUAUAGGAGCCAAUGCAUGGACACUUCUUGCUGGUGAUAAAAAUGGAAAGGCUGGUUCUUCAUCAACAUUACUGCGUAAUCCUCUUGACGUAACGUUUGAUAACAUGGGAAAUAUGUAUGUAGCCGAUCGGAACAAUAAUCGUAUACAGUUUUUUAAUGCUGGUGGAACCAUUGGUAGAACCAUUGCAGGAGGAAACAAUCGAGCCAACGCUGCUCCUUCGUCAUUAAAUUUACCCUCUGCCGUUAUACUGGACGAUCAAGGACAUUUACGACUCAUAAUGUCAAAUAAUCAAUAUGAAUUAGUUCAACAUUGUAUUGAUACGAAUGAAUUCGUAACAAUAGAAUUUAAUAAUCGUUAUUUAUUAUUUCAUCAAAAUCUAAUUCAACAUUCAAAUAAUCAUCAAUUAGAUUUAAAAUUAUCAUCAAUUAUUGUUCGAAAAAUUUUUGGUUACAAUUUAUUAUCAAUUAAAGAUGCAAAAAUAACAAUUCAUGUUAAUUCAUCAUUUUAUGAUACGAUUAUAUUUGCUGAUACAUCAAUUGUCUAUAUACGUAAACGAACAUUAAUUAAUGAUAAUGAUCAAAAUGAUAAUAUUAAAAAAUUUAAAAUACUUCCAUAUUAUGUAUAUGAAGAUUUAGAAUUACUUAAAAAUAUUGGAAUGUCAAAAGAUGAUAUUGAUUUAUUUAUUAAAAAACUUAAUGCAAAUGAUAAUAUAGAUUUAUUUAAUUCAAAUAAAUAUGAUCAUAUUAUUCAACGAAUAAUUAAAUAUACUGAUAUAUCAACAAGAUUAAAAUGUCGACAAGUUUCACAUAAAUGGAAAAAUUUUGUUGAUAGUUCAAUUGCGUGGAAUCAUGUUAAAUUAUCAAAACUUUGUCGAUAUGUUGAUCGAGCAUUGAAUUAUUUUCAAAAUAUUGAUAUACGAGAAUUGGACCUUUCUGAAUCAACAUUUGAAGCAACAGCAUUUGAAUUAUAUAGUCAAUUUUAUUUAUAUUCAUUACGAUCACUUUGUAUAUCAACUGAUCAUCCAUUAGAAUUAUUUACAUUAUUAUUUAAAAUAUCUCCAUUUUUACAACAUAUUAGAUUAAUUCAAACUUAUAAUUCAUCAAUAAAAUUUAAAAAUAAUAAUCAUUUAUAUGAUUGUAUUCAUUUUGUUAUAUGUCAAUGUCAAGAACAAUUGAAAUGUUUACGUCGUUUACAUAUUCAAUUACGAUCUGUAUCUGAUCAGAUAUUUCUUGAAUCGUCUUCUGUUACACCAUUUCCCAUUUCUUAUGAAAUGGUUGAAGAAAAAACUUUUCAAUUAUGGCGUCGUUUACUCAUUAUUUCUAAUAUCUUUUAUAUACUAUUGGCAUUAACAUUUUUAUUUUUUGCCAUAUUUACACGAGUUAAUUCUUUAAUAAUAGAUCUUCAUUUAUUUGUUGGGUUACUUAUAUUGAGUUUAUUUUUAAUAUUUUUAUCCAUAUUUGGUAUAAUUGCUGUUGCAAAACAUCAUCAAGUAUUAUUAUUUUUUUAUAUUAUUCUUUUAGUUAUAUUAUUUCUAUUUCAAUUUAUUCUUGCAUGUACUUAUUUAACAAUACGUGGUGAAAAAAAAUAUGAUUUAUUAAAAGAAAGUUAUAAAAAAUCAACUGAUCAUAUACAAUUAAAAUAUAAUUGUUGUGGAUUUGAUAAUUUAACAAGCUUUAAUCGUGAUGUAACAUGUCAAAAUUUACCUUGUUGUCAUAUAUCAAGUCAAUGUUGUGAAACAUUAUCUAUGUGUUACAUAUCAUUAAAUAAUGAACUUGAUAAAAAUUUACAAAUUAUUGGCUCAAUUAUGCUCAUAUUUACAUUAACACAAAUAAUUAUUAUUUAUAUGACAUUAAAAUUUCGAAAUUUUCGAAAUCCAGCAAUACUUAUUUAA